ACUGCCGGGCAACCUCCUAAGGCGCCUUUGUUUGAUGGUUUGCAUGGGAUGAUGGAGUUGAUGGGGUCUGUUGUGGAAGUGACGUUCUCCACGUCAAGUCGCGUCUGUUUCGCGUCUCGCAUCUUCCUUCUUCCGCCAAGACCAUCACCUACUCGCGAAGAUGCCCGUCCUGACAUUCUCGCUAUCGCCAGAGGCAACGGAACGCAUAUUCGAGCUAUUGCAAUGCCUCGCGAAGUUUGGAGACGCCGUAUCCAUCGAGGCGAAGAGCGACAAGUUCACGUUGACGGCAUUGAACUCCUCAAGAACCGCAUAUGCUUCCUUCGCGCUUGAUGCCAGGUCUUUCUUCCUGGAAUACGACUUCGACGCGAAUAGUCAAGCUAGCGGCGGGGACAGGUUUACCUGCCAGCUCUACAACAAGGCCCUCCAAGCUGUUUUCAAGGGACGUGUCGGAGACCCAAGACGUCCGGAGACAGCGAUUGAACGCUGCGACGUGAGCAUUCACGAUGGCGAAGAGAGCGCAGAGUGCCGACUCAUUGUCAAGAUGCUCUCCAAGCACGGAAUGACGAGGACGUACAGGUUGACAUACGAAGCAGUAGAAGUCAUGCACGCGCUUUUCGACAAAGCCGCAGCAACCCAAGGCUUUCGCAUCUCGUCCCGCAUACUGCGAGAGUAUUCGGAACAUUUUGGUCCAAAGACAGAGCAACUCGAUAUUGUAGCGCAGGAGGGCAAAGCGACCUUCACGAGCUUCACGGAGAGAUCAGUUGAUCAGAAAGGGAUGCUCCAGCAACCACUCGAGACUGCCAUUGCAAUCCAUACCGAGGACUUCGAAGACUUCCACAUGCAGCAAGAUCUGCACAUCGUGAUCAACGUGAAUGAUUUUCGAGCCAUUGCAAUACAUGCCGAGACACUUAGAGGUCCCGUAACGGCACGCUUUUCGCAACCGAACCGACCUUUGCAAUUCGAAUACCAGAACUUCGGUGUGCACAGCGAAUUCACCUUGAUGACUACAGGAGAUCGACGUGGUGGGACUUCUGCUCCUGGCUCGAACGUCAGAUACGUUUCAACCCGGACGAACGGCACUUCAUCGAGCAGACAGCCUUCAAUAGCUUCACUGCAAGGCGGAGGGCCAACUCUGAGUGAGCCACGACCCACGACUCGUCCGAAUGCUGCAAAGCCAGUGUCGAUCGAAAGCCAACGUCCCACCUUGCGAGAUCAAGUCUCUACGAUGGGCGCUUCAAUGGCAGAGGACGAGGAUCCUGAUCCAGACAGUCUCUUCGUCCCUGAUGUCGUCGCUGACGACCAAGCUUGGGACGCACCGAACUAUGAAAAUGACGAAGAUGAGAUGCUCGGCUGGGAUGCAAGCAACGACAAUUUCACCGCCAGCAUGCGUCCGACUAUCCGCGAUCUCAGCGGCAGAAGCACCGCGCAACAACCUGGCCGAGGGACGUACAAUCCUGAUGCUUUGAAACCUCGACGCCAAGCAGACCUAGAACGCGGCAUAGAACCUACCCAACGACUGUCUCAGGUGAGUAUUUUGAGCUUCAUCGCGGAUCAGAAGCCCUUCUUGGAGAAUUGCGGCGCUGACAGGAAGCCAGCUACACGGCAUGUUCGAGUGAAACGCUGACUGUCAAGCCUCAGCUCGGCAAUCCGUGCCGACGCUGUUUUGUCACAACAAAGCUCGUUGCGCAACCUGCGAAUAUAGCACUUGCGGUGCCGGACAGCGCUAUCUCGUUCCAGCGGCCUUUGACGUCGCCAUUCUGGUCGGUCAGUGGGCCGCAAUUACCAUGCUCGCCCCAACCCCAUGCCAGGACUUUACCGUCCUGUGUCAGACCAAG